AUGUUUUUAUAUUUAUUAUAUACUGUAAUAUUUUUGUGUUUGCUACAUUUGAUCUUCAAUUAUAAUAAAAGAGCACGGACGUUGAAGAUUAUACCUGGUUUCAAGGAUAGAUUUAUUGUGGGAAAUGCUUUAGAAUUAAUGCUUUCUCCAGUUGAUUUGUUUGAACUACCAAGAAGAACUGCAAGGAAAUUCGAUAAGUUAUUUCGCUUCUGGUCAUUUCCUAUUGGAGCAGUAUGCAUUUACGAUCCUGAUGAUAUAGAGAAAGUGCUACAUAGCAUGAAGCAUAAUGAAAAAGCUCUCAUAUAUAAUAUUUUGAAACCAUGGUUACAAGAUGGCUUACUUUUGAGCAAUGGUUCAAAAUGGCAGCAGCGUCGUAAAAUACUAACACCGUCAUUCCAUUUUAACAUCCUGAAGCAGUUCUUGGUUACUUUAGAGGAAAACAGUUCUCGCUUGGUGAAGGAAUUGGAGAACAAAAUAGGACAAGAGAUCGACGUUGUGCCUCUAACCUCGGAGUACACACUGAAUUCGAUUUGUGAAACUUCCAUGGGAACGAAGUUAUCGGAAGAAACCUCGUCAGCUGGACUCUCUUACAAAAAUGCAAUAUAUGAACUAGGAAAGAAGUUUGUCGAUCGUUUUACCAAAGUUCAUUACAACAUAGACUUCAUUUUUUCGUUUUCUUCAAUUGGCAAAGAACAAAAUCGAUAUUUAGAUAUCGUACACAAGUUUACUAAAAGGGUCAUAAAUGAUCGUAAAGAAUACAUAGAAAAAUAUGGAAUUGAUAUUAAUGAAGAGAAUGUAAGUGAUGAAGACAUAUUUUUCAAGAACAAAAAGAAAACUGCUAUGUUAGAUUUAUUAAUUUCGGCUCACAAUAAAGGAUUGAUAAAUGACCAAGGGCUUCAAGAAGAAGUUGAUACAUUUAUGUUUGAGGGACAUGAUACUACUGCAGCGGGACUGGCAUUCUGCUUGAUGUCUCUGGCUAACGAUAUAGAAGUUCAAAAAAGGAUUGUUGAUGAGUUAGAUGCAAUAUUUGGCAAUUCUACACGAUCUGCUACAAUGGACGAUCUAUCAAGAAUGCAUUAUCUUGAAUGCUGCAUCAAGGAAUCCCUUAGACUCUAUCCGCCAGUACAUUUUAUUGGAAGAAGGUUAGGUGAAACGGUUACAUUCAGUAAUUAUUUGGUUGAAAAAGGAACUUACAUAUUGCUCCUCAUUUACGAUAUGCAUCGCCGGGAGGAUUUAUUCAAAGACGCACUGAAGUAUAACCCUGAUCGUUUCCUGCCAGAGAACAAUGUUGGCAGACAUCCUUUCUCAUUCAUACCAUUUAGCGCUGGUCCAAGGAACUGUAUAGGUCAAAGGUUUGCAAUGAUGGAGAUGAAGUCAUGUCUGUCUGCGGUGCUGAGGCGGUAUAAACUAGAGCCUGUAACGGGCCACGCAGACAUCGAAAUAACGGCAGACGUCGUUUUGAGGACAUCUCAUCCGAUCCUAGUGAAAUUUCUCAAAAGAGAAGAUCAGAGCAAUAUUUAAU